GAACCCCAACAUCAUCAUUGGUCUCUAAUAUUUGUUUGAAGUCUAAAGUUAGAUUCUUAGUCCCUAUUUAACUGUUGACAAGUCAAAGUAAAUGUUAGACAUUUUCUUACAAGUUAGCCAAACAUGUUCAUAGAUUCCCCAAUUAUUGAUAAGUCAAAUGAUGAAAAAUUCUGAGACAUUCCCCUCUUUAGCCACCUCCCACUAGGCAGUAAUAAACAAGAGCUCAGCAUCUCAUUGUCUUCCCUAACUGCUCUCUCUUCUUUUCAGGCUGAAGAACAAAAACCAAAUAAAAAUGUUGGGGAAAAAGAUGGGUUCCUUGAAGAAGCUAGCCAAGAAGGUGAAGAGCAUGCGGGGAGGAGAUGGUGAGGAAUCAAAAUAUGAAUGGUUGCUAAGGGAAUUUGAGGAAAUGACAUCGCCUACUACAGCCUCAACCCCAUCAGGGUCAUUUGCUAUUUAUGUUGGAGAGAAUGAAGAAAGAUUUGUAGUGCCAACCAACUUCUUGUCUCAUCCACUCUUCAAGAUGUUGUUGGAGAAGUCUUACAAUGAAUAUGGUUUCCAACAAAGGGACAAACUAGUUGUUCCAUGCAGCGUCUCAACGUUUCAAGAAGUUGUCAAUGCUGUAGAAUGUUGUAAUGGGAAGUUUGAUUUUGGAAAACUAGUUGAGGAAUUUCUUUAAUCUCAAGUACUAGGGAACCAUAAUCUUUUUUUUUAACAUAUGUUUGGAGUUUAUAGUUGUAUGAAUGCAUUAGAGCUGUAGUUCUGGUGUACCCUACACAUGCAGUUUUGCUGCACUGCUGAUUUUGAUCAUGUUAAUAACUUUCCUUGGUAGAUUUAGAUUGAAUCAAGUUCAAAGCUACUUUAGGUGAA